CGAUCUCACAUAAAUGUACUUCUUAGAUCCGUUGAAAUUCAGUUUUAGCACAGAAAUCUGGGCCGGAAAAUUACAAUCAUGGCGAAUUUUCGGUGCCAGUUAAAUGUGCAGGUCUACCACUACAUGCAAGCUUGUAACAAGCGGAAAGCACGUCCCGUUUUUGGAUGUAACACGUCAAAACCACUUACCAUUGUUCUCUUAAGCCAUUAAGACAUUUCUCCGCGCCACCAUGGAGCACUUUUACGGUGUUUUUGACAAGCAAAUGUCCGCUUGACCGUACUGACCCGCGUUUGAGGCGCUGCAAUUUGCUACUUCCAGACAGUGAUGGAUCAUGAUGCAUCGCUAUCCCACACCCGACUCAUAGUUUUCAGCGUAAACAAUGCGACUCCCUUCCGGUGGUUGGCGCGCUGACCCCUUGAGGGCAACAGAUUUGCGGAUUUUGAGGAUUAGACAAGUAAUCAUAUUACAAAGUGAAGUUAGCACAGUGAUAUCAGAGCUUGAAAUUCCACGCUUCCACGCUUCCACGCGUAAUCUCGUAAAGCUCCGAGUUCGUACCCGUGCGCGGAGAAACACUUAGCUAGUCUCCAAGGCCCAAGGAAGCAUUUUAGCGAGAUGCGUUCAGUAAUUUUUCUCGUGUUUAUCCUAUACUUCACAGCCACAGAGGAAACUAUUGCAGGUUGUUCUUCGCCCCUUGGCCUGGCAUCACAUUCAAUACAGGAUUCCCAGCUUUCCGCAUCCACAUCAAUGAGUAUAUGGCAACAACCUUCCGCUGGAAGGCUUAAUAAUACUAUGAGUUCGGAUUCGUUUGGGGCCUGGUGUGCAGAGCCCAUAGACAUGGAGCAAUGGUUUCAAGUUGAUUUGCUGAAGACAACCAACGUGUCAGCGGUCGCUACUCAGGGUGACAUCUUAGAUGGUAACUGGGUGACCGAGUACGCGUUAAACUACAGCUGUGAUGGAGCCAAGUGGUUCUCAUACACGCACCAAGGGGCGCUUGUUAUAUUUAAGGCAAAUAACGAUUCUGAUGGUGUGGUGACGAACAAGCUAUUUUCCCCGAUAGUUGCACGGUUUAUAAGAGUGAGACCUAUUGCGUGGAACCAGCUUGGAUCAAUAUGUCUGAGACUGGAAUUGUACGGAUGCCAGGGAACACAAGCCUGUCCUCACCCAACACAAGCUACAGCUGCCAUGGCAACAACCCAAACUAUUCUGCAUUCUUUUCCUGUAAGCAACGCACCCUUAACAGGAGCACCAUCAAAAUCCUCGACCUUGGGAUCUGGGUCGGCUGAUUCACCCACAGACGGUGCAGCAGCCACUACAAAUGCAACACCCAUCGCUUGUUCAUAUGCUUUGGGGAUGCAGUCUGGUGGUAUUAACGAUUCUCAGAUCAAAGCUUCCUCGUUCAAGAGUCUUUGGACAAGACCAUCCGAGGCAAGACUUCAUAACCAAGGGAGUGCUCAACAAAUGUCCUUAGGUGGGUGGUGUGCGGACGAUUCGGACAUGAAUCCGUAUCUACAAGUGGACUUGGUCAACAACUCUAUUAUCACCGCUAUAGCGACGCAAGGUGUGCAAGCAAAUGGAAACCUGGCUUUAAGAUACAAACUAAACUACAGCUGUGAUGGAAAAGCUUGGUUUGAUUAUCAAUACGGAAAGAUCUUUGAUGGUUACAGAAAGAAUUUACGUGCUAGGCAAAACACGUUGCCGGUUCCCUUGAAAGCUCGACUCGUCCGAAUUCAACCGUUACUGUCUGGACAGAAUGAAAGGCCCUGUGUACGACUCGAAAUUUAUGGAUGUAAAAUGGCCAGUGUUGUUUGCGGCAACAAGAAGUUAUCGAAUACCACAACAAAGCCUACUCAAUACUCCACGCAAAAUACCAGGAUCGAAACAACCAAUCAAGCAACCUUAGCAACGAACCCAGAAAGGCCUACAAGGCAAAAAGACAUGAUUGUUAUUGUUCAUGGUCGCGAUCAAAGCCAUUCAAGCAACAAUUCUGCGGGUUACAACUCAAUUGGGAAGAUUUUCAUUUUCUUAACAUCUGUUCUACUGCUGUUGAAUAUUCUUUAGCUAACAAAAA